AUGACUUUCCGAGAGUAUCUUGAAUUUUUAUCGAUUCACAAAUCCAGCUGUUCUCUUGAAUCAGGAUGUUCACUGAGAGCAGAUGAGGAUGGUUUAGCUAGCUUCUGGGAUAAAAUGUUUAUAAAAGAUGUCACAAACUCUGCUAAGAGCCUCUCAGUAUGGCAAAAAGCUAUUCAUGAGUUUCAAUUGAGUGAGGCUCUUCCGUCCAUCAACCAAAAUUUAGUUAAACGAUGUGUACCGGCGUCUAUCCAGGUUGAAAGACCCAAAGAUAUUUGGGGGGAAAGCCAAGAUAUCAUCACUCCCACAUCAAUAUUGGAUCACGCUUUAGUGUCGCCAGCUAGCUCCAGCUCACAUGACCCUGAGGAAAAGCAAACGUAUCCAAUUCCAAUCAUCAGGACAUUUGAGAUUGGUAGUGGGAGCCAUAGUAAUAACAUUGAGAGCCCCAGCACGAUGAGUGAUUCUUUGACUCAGAAUCAUCGUGAUUUUAGCUACCCAAUAAAGCCGAGUAGCAAGCAUUUUUUACUGGGUACAACGCACGGCAAACUCAUACCUGCAACUGGCCCAAACGCGGGGUCCAAGGAAAGAGCCGUGUUCGAUUGGAUCCGUGAACCUAAUGUCAUUCGGGUAGUACGAGAGGGAAAAGGAACAAAACGCUACGUACGAAAAGCUCCUGUGGUUCCAUCACCGAUCGUUGACGAAAUGGAAGCGAAACACGAUGCCCAAUUGCGCGGUCCACUUGUUCGUCUACAGCACCUUGUGGAGGAAAAGCUGCAGGCAGAUAACGGUGCUCCAGUCGACUUGAAUUUGCUGAAAGAAGAGGCUGUCGAAAUCGAAUCCACUUUAAAUUUACUGGUUCAGAUGCUUCAGGAACCAAAAUUGAUCAAGUACUCCAGAAUCAAAGACAAGGUGAUGGCUUAUCGUGAAAGCUAUGUGGAGGGUUGCCGUUUGCUUCAGGAAAUAACGGAUGUAUGGAUAAGUGUGUCAAACAGAUUAGAUCGAUUGGAAGAGAACGUUGAUCUCUCCCGCUUUGAAGAUACCCUUAACUUAUUCGAGAUCGUCAGGGAGGAGGUGGUAAAAGUGGGUUCCCAAAGAAUGGCACAUCAAAUCAAAGACAUGUUGGAAGGAGUGGAGAAUUAUGUGGCUCUGGAUGGGUCACGUUCAGAACUCUACUCAUCACCGGUCGAGGAUAGUAGCCCGCAAUCAUUACCAAUCAUCCCACAAUCAUCGCCAUUUAACGGACAGCCGCAUGAAGUGCCAUCAAAUUUGCAUUCAGAGCACGUUUCUAGGGAAGACAAUUUUACACCACCUCAAGUCCCUCAAGUGAUACGUUCGAUCGAAGGUAUUGAUGAGCGUGCAAAAAGCUUCUUGAGAACACUCGGAAAGUUGAAAGAAUGCCGAGAUGCUCUAACAAAUGGCGCGACGGAUUACAGUCACGUAGGGCAACAUCGUCAGGUGUUGGAAAAAGAGCUGCAAGAACUCAGGCGACAUUUGAGCGAGAGUGGAACAGCGAAGAUCUGGUCUGAAUUUUUAACCACUGAGAAAAUCCAAAACAAGAACGACAGAUUGGACACCAACAUUCAAGACAUGUUUGCCGCCAACUACCUCAUCAGAAAUUUCCAAAAUGUUUAUCUGGGGAGAAAGGUAUCUUACAGUCACCACGACAAAACUUAUCAUGAUGUGGCUUGGUUUAUCAGUAAUAAGCUGAGAGCAGUUAUUGAAAGCGCAAGCGCCCGCCAAAUGGAUCGUUUGUCCAGUAUUCUUGACUCAAAGACAACCAAAACUAUCAUCUCCUCCCAUGAGGCCAAUCUUGCUAAUGUCAAUGCCGUGAUCAGACAGUUUGCACGUGCUCCAGAAGAUAGUAUGGAGUGGAUUAAGCUGCAAGGCCGUAUGCUCGACGAAAUUUUACAAUUAAACCAUGAGGACAACCUAUCACACGAGCAAUCUGUUUUACUUCUGAAGAGUCAUUUGAAAGAAGUCAGAACUUCAAUUUUGUUAGAAUCCAGGAAGCCACAUGUUUUGGUAUUACUUUAUCAGAUGGAACUAUGGUUAAGUAAACUGGAUGUUUUCAAUAGCAAGCCUGGUUCCGGAAGUCAUGCUUCUGUUAUGAAUAACGAACUCAGUAAUCUGUUUGAAUGGAAUGUAGAAACAUUCAUCGGGGAGAUUGUUUCAUUGAAAAACGCAAUCCUCAGCUUUGCGUCGACCAACUUGAAAUCCUCCACCCCUGCGCAAAAAAAUCUGUUAACUAGAAGAGGAGUGGUCGAAUUGCAAAAGGACGCCAAGAACAGACUGCCCGAGCGGAAUCCACACUUGAAAAAAAUCAAAGAGAAAUUGUUACGGGGGAGCAGCAAAAGGUUUGAAAUGGCCCAAUCACUACCACUCACCGCCCCGGAAGGAAUGUUACAGCUUUCGAUUGAUUUUGGAACUGGCGGAAGAUUUUCAAAACAUAGAGGAGCUAUAACUGACCUGAUUGGCUUGAUCACAUCCACUGAGCUUUACAAGAUGGCAAGGGCUUGUCCAAAGAGAGAGGGAGGUGAAUCGCCUGAGCUGGAUUUAGCGGAAAAACUCUGGAAGACCUAUGCACCAAAAAAGGAUGAAAUCUUGAAAUUGGCUGAGAGUUGGAGACCUUUCGGACUGAUCUUUCGGGAUAUCAUAGAAGUAAUGAUUGGACCUCAAAGUACCAGAGAGCUUCGGACUCAGAGCUCUUCCAUGCUGUAUGAAACCUACCAACAAACCCUCCACACUUCACAAUGGGAUUGA